CCCAAUUAAAAAGGGCCAGAAUUUUGUAUCUAUAAAUACACAUAUUACCAUCGUGGUUCACGCUCUUAAUCGUUCUCUAAUAUUCUCUCUGCCUCCCAAACGCAGCUCUCAGACCCGCACGCUCUUUCUCUCUCGGGGAUUUCGAUCCCUCUGCCGAGAGAUGGCAUCUCAGAAUGAAGAUGAUUCUGCUGUCCCUAGUGUGCAGAUAGUUGGCAAUACUUUUGUGAAUCAGUACUACACUAUUCUUCAUCAAACACCAAAAGAGGUUUACAGGUUUUUUAAUGAUUCAAGUGUGCUCACCCGACCUGGACUCGAUGGUGUGAUGACAUCUGUUACUACUGUGGAUGCCAUUAAUGAGAAGAUACUCUCCUUCGACUUCCCGAGCUAUAAGUCAGAACUAUUGACUGUAGAUGCAGAGUAUUCAUACAAGGAUGGGGUGAUUGUUUUAGUUACCGGUUUUUUAACUGGAAAGGACAAUGUGAAAAGGAACUUUACUGAAUCUUUCUUUCUAGCACCCCAAGAGAAAGGCUACUUUGUCAUGAAUGCUGUUUUUAGGUACGUGGGUGAAUCUGAAUCCACGGGGGCUGAUUCUGUGGCAAACAAUCAUACUGAAGAAAGUGCUGUGAAAGCUGCGUUGACACCAGAUUCUGAGUUAACUGAUGUUCCUGAUCAUCCUGAGCCAAAGCAAACUACCCCUGUGGAGGAUGGUACUGCAGAAAAUAACAAUGGAAAAGAAGUCAGUCCCCAGUUUGCUGACCAGAAGGUGUCAGUUAGUGAAAAAGGGGACGUUGCUGAGCAUCCAAUUAAUUCAAGUCAGAAUGCUGUAUCCACAAUCACUGAGACUGCUGCUUCUAAAAUCCAAGAAAAUGCUCCAAAGAAGUCCUUUGCGUCAGUGGUGCAUGCAUUGAAGGACAAUAAUGCUCCGUUCCAAGUGAGGUAUUCCCCUGUUAAGUCUGCAGAAAGGCCCCGUUCAUCUGCAGUACCUGAGGCUUCAGCUCCUAGUAGAACCUCAGCUCCUAGUCGAAACAGUACCUUGAAAAAGAUUGAUGAUCAAGCAGGUGUUAAGACUUACGCCUUAUUCGUACCGAAUCUGCCCAUGGAUGCAACAAUAGAACAACUUGAAGUAGUGUUUAAGGAAUUCGGGUCCAUUAAGCAUGAUGGUAUUCAAGUUAGAAGUAACAAGCUACAAGGUUCAUGCUUUGGAUUCGUGGAGUUCGAAUCUGCCAUUUCAAUGAAUCUUGCUAUUGAGGCUUCUCCAAUCUUGAUGUCUGAUCGUAAACUUCACGUUGAGGAAAGGCGAGCAAACAAUGAUAGGGGGAGGUUUCCAUCAGGACGGGGCGGUUAUCGUAAUGAUAACUUUAGAGGCCGGGGAGACUUCAAUGGCGGAAAUUCCAAUGGAGGCCGUGGCUAUGGGAGAGGAAAUGAUUUUGAGAGGCGGGGUGAUUUCUCAAGUCGAACACGUGAUAAUGGCGGACGGAAUGUAGAAACUGGCCAGAGGGUUUACCAAAAUGGUGGAGGAAGAGCCAAACGGGAAUCAUUCACUGAGGCACAAACUAGGGUUUAGCUUGCUCUUGUUGCUCCAGUUUUGUUGACAAUAGCACUUUCGACUUUUGAUAAUAUAGGAAGUCUUGUUAGUCAAAUUGCGGAAUUUUAGGCUCUUUUUUUUUAUUUUAUUUUUGGCCUCUAGAGUUUUAACAUUUUUGGGUAAAUUUAUUUGUUUUCCAGUUAAAUUUGAAUUUUUUUUAUUUUU